CUCGACCACAACUCACCCUUUUACCUAUCCACGCUUCCUCAUCGACCACACCAUGACAAUCCACGCGCUCUGGGUAAUCAACAAGGCCGGCGGUCUGGUCUUCAACAGGUCGUACACGGACACCCUCCCCCCGCUCCCGCUCAACACGGUCCUCAUCCUCGCAGGCACCCUGCACGGCAUCCACGCCAUCACUGCGCGGCUUGCCCCCGCGCCCGCGCCCGGCUCGGUGCCGGCCGGGCUGACGUCGUUCGAGGCAGAGGGAUGGGGCGGGCACGUCUUCCUCACGCCGACUGGAACAAAGUUCGUCGCGCUCCACUCGCUCAACCAGCAGGGCCUGGACGAGACCCUCCGGCGCGUGUACGAGAUCUACUCGGACGCCGUCAUGAAGAACCCGUUCCAUACCCCCGAGAUGCCGAUCAACUCGGCCUUGUUUGACCAGCGGCUGAGCAAGCUCAUCGCGGGGGUCAACGCGUAGGCCCCAGGCGUGUAGCGCUGAGCGGUUCGCGGGCAGACCAAGGCGGCCCAUUGAGCAAGCACGCCGCUUCGCUCCAUUCAACGAACACCACACCACCCACCAUACCCUGCAUUCAAUACCCAUGCACCACAUUUGCACGC